AUGGACUGCAGCACACCAAGCUUCCCUGUCCCUCAUUAUCUCCCGGAGUUUGUACUUUUGAUCAUCUUCAUCCAGUUCCUACUCCCCUUCUACUUCUUAAGUGAAGCAGUGGCUUUAAAGGAUGUUUAUUUUAUAAAAUUUAUUAGGUUACAAAUUUGUUUCAUGAAGUUUUGUGUCUGUUAUGUUUUAAAAUUAGACUGUGGUGUAACAAAAAAUGUAUUAGGUCUUUGCCCCAGUAAAAGGCACAAAGAUCCUAAAACCCUUGGAAUUUCUCCAAUGAUAGGUAUAUCUUUCCUCAUUGGUGGCUCCCCUGGUGGCUCAGACGGUAAAGCGUCUGUCUGCCAUGCAGGAGACCCGGGUUCGAUCCCUGGGUCGGGAAGAUCCCCUGGAGAAGGAAAUGGCAACCCACUCCAGCACUCUUGCCUGGAAAAUCCCAUGGAUUGGUAG